UGUUGACAUUCACACUGCUCCGGUUCAUACAGUCUCCGACUGGAAUGUCGACAUUCACCCUGCUAUGGUCCGUACGGUGUCUGACUGGAGAGUCGAGUGUCCAGUCAGUCCAAAAGAUGACAAUGUGUCACCUCAGAUUAGACAGCUGGACAGGAGAAUUGAGGACAUCAACUCUUGCCAUUAUGAAAUUGGCGAAAUGCUGGGUGAGGGAGGUUUUGGAGCUGUUUAUGAAGGCAGUCGUUUGGAGGAUAACUUUAAGGUGGCAGUGAAAUAUGUCACAAAGACAGAUGAUGUUGAAUAUAUCAGCAUUCUGGGUCAUCCUAAACUUUUUCCAGUGGAGGUCACUCUUCUAAUCCUCGCCAAUAAAGGCUCCAGGGUUCCAGAGAUUAUCCAGCUGCUAGACUGGAAGGAGCAACCCGACCACUACAUCAUGGUCAUGGAGCGUCCCUUGCCUUGCGAGGACUUGUUUGCCUUCGCAGAGUGCCAUGGAGGCAGCAUCAACGAGGUGUUAGCACGUGUUGUCAUGCAGCAGGCAACACAAGCUGCUGUCAUGUGCUGCCGACGUGGCGUUCUCCACCGUGACAUCAAACUGGAGAAUCUGCUCGUGAACAUGGACACCCUUGAAGUCAAACUUAUUGACUUUGGGUGUGGCGACGUCCUUAGGAAAUCGGCCUAUAAGACAUUCAGAGGCACAGAUGAGUAUUGCCCCCCAGAGUAUGAGAGGAAGGGCAAGUAUCAUGGCAAGACAGCCACAGUAUGGUCACUGGGAGUGCUGUUGUUCGCAAUGGUGUGCGGAGACUACCCGGACACGCAAGACCUGGACCUGAUCAAUUUGCACCACUGGUCCAAACCUGGCUUGACAAAGGAAUUCUGCCAUUUGAUUCAUCGUUGCCUGCAGCGUAAACCAAAGCAGCGAAUUCGUCUGGGGCAGAUUCUUCUCCACAAUUGGUUUAAAGUACUGAAAUGA